UUUCAGGAACACAAAUGCAUCUCAUAUGCAACACUAGGUUGAGCCUCCCAAACUUUUAAUUUGACCUUUUAUCCUGAAUUGGAUAUGUGCUUCUGGCAGAAAAAAAGAACACACCAAUAUUAAUUGCAGCAAAGAAUGGUGUGAAGGAAAUGGUGGAGAAAAUCCUUGAAGUUAAUCCAGUUGCCAUUAAUGACAAGAACGAAGAAAAAAAGAAUGUAGUAUUGUUAGCAGUGGAGAAUAGACAGCCUGAGGUGUAUGAGCUCUUAGUUAAGAGAAAGUUUCGGAAAGAUAGUGUGUUCCGAGCAGUUGACAACGACGGGAACAGCGCAUUGCAUCUGGCUGCAAUGUUACGUAAUUAUCAACCUUGGCAUAUCCCUGGAGCUGCAUUGCAAAUGCAAUGGGAAAUGAAGUGGUAUAAGUAUGUCAAGGAUUCCAUGCCACCACAUUUCUUCACUCAUUACAAUGACAAGAAACGCACUCCAAAGGAGAUCUUCACGGAAGCCCAUUCUGAACUUCUGAAGAAAGGAGGCAAAUGGCUGAACAGCACUUCCAGUUCCUGCUCCGUCAUUGCAACCCUCAUUGCAGCCGUUGCUUUCGCCACAGCUGCCACUGUGCCAGGCGACUUCAAUGAAAAUAAUGGGAAGCCAAAUCUUGCACACCAAUCAGCUUUUAAUCUUUUUGCAGUUUCAUCACUAAUUGCUCUCUGCUCUUCAGUGACUUCCCUGGUCAUGUUUCUGGCGAUUCUCACCUCUAGGACACUUCUUUGUCCUCAAAGAUGAACUCAAAAAUGCUGCCCUUCCCGUAUAUGCAGUUACCUGCCUUCCAAUAUCA